AUGAUCGACCUCGACAAAUACAUCAAACCAGGAAAAAACUACUAUUUGGCACUUGGAAUGGAAGGAUCCGCCAACAAGCUUGGAGUAGGUGUUAUCAGGCAUGAAAAAGGUCCUUUGGGAGCUGAAAAUAGGGCCCAGAUUCUUUCAAACAUCAGAAAUACAUACAACGCACCUCCAGGCCAAGGUUUUCUACCAAGGGACACUGCCAGGCAUCACAGAAACUGGGUGGUAAGACUAGUAAAGCAGGCGAUUGAGCAGGCGGGUGUGAAAGUGCAAGAUCUAGACUGUUUAUGCUUUACACAAGGACCAGGAAUGGGUGCACCACUUCAAAGUGUGGUUAUUGCCGCUAGAACCCUCAGCCAGCUAUGGAAUGUGCCAUUGGUGGGUGUGAACCACUGCAUAGGGCAUAUUGAGAUGGGUAGAGAAAUCACGGGGGCACAGAAUCCCGUUGUUUUGUACGUGAGUGGAGGAAAUACACAGAUCAUUGCCUAUUCAAGGCAAAGAUACCGGAUUUUCGGCGAGACACUCGACAUUGCAAUUGGAAACUGCUUGGAUAGGUUUGCGCGCACGUUGCACAUCUCUAAUGACCCAUCUCCGGGCUUCAAUAUCGAGCAGCUAGCCAAAAAGGGAAAGCAUCUCGUAGAACUUCCUUACACCGUUAAGGGAAUGGAUUUGAGCAUGAGCGGGAUUCUAGAGUAUGUGGACAGCUUGGCUCACGACCUUUUUGCCGGAAAGAGGACUAAACACCUUGUGGACGAAGAUGAUGGCGAGCCAAUCACGGUUGAGGAUUUGUGCUUCUCCUUGCAAGAGAAUCUAUUUUCGAUGCUUGUUGAAAUAACGGAGAGAGCUAUGGCACACGUGAAUUCCAACCAGGUGCUUAUAGUGGGAGGUGUGGGGUGCAAUAAGCGGCUUCAGGAGAUGAUGGGUGUGAUGGCCAGUGAUAGAAAUGGCUCUAUAUUUGCUACUGAUGAGAGAUUUUGCAUUGAUAAUGGAAUCAUGAUUGCUCAUGCCGGUUUACUUGCUUAUCGGGUUGGUCAUAGGACCACUUUAGAGGAUAGUGUGUGUCGCCAGAAAUUCCGUACUGACGAUGUGUUUGUGAAAUGGCGGGAUGAUUGA